AUGAUUCUUUGCCACACCUUCCCCUCUCGCUGGAAAGAUUUAAAUCAGUACAAGUUACUCAUCAUCCAGACAGCAAGGCGCUUUUCUGACAAAUCGUGGCUCCACUACGACAUCGCCUUCCGAAAAGAAGCCGCAGCCUCAGGUUCAACCGACUGGUCUCGCAUGCACCCAGACCUCUACAACUUUCACACCAGAUCUCCAGUGACCACCUCAACUGCUUCAGGCUCCUCAACUUCCUCUGCCUCGUCACUAUCAGAGCCUCUUGGGUCUUCAGGCAAUCCCCGGUCUAGCCAGUAUUGCCCUCCUGGAACGACGGGCGCUGUCGCUGGCCCUUUGGUCGCUGUCGGUUUCGUCACUCCUGUGAAUCGUGCCACGGGGACCACCCCCGCAUCCACUGCCCUCACCGGUCCGCGCGGAGAGAACGGUCCCGCUCCCCUUCUCAGUCAAAGGGGGGUCUCCGCCGUCGCUAGGCAACCUCUAGCCAAUUCAACUGUAAAUAGUUUUGUUCCUGUUCACGUUGGUUCUCAUGGUAAUUUUUCAGCGUUAGAGUUGCGUUCUCCUUUUGUGUUACCUUCUCAGCAGCAGGGUCUGCCAAGUUCCAGUUCUUUGUUGUGUUCUCCAGCUGUUUGUCCUUUAAGACCAGUUUCUCAGCUUACUCCCAUCAAUGUGGAUAGAUUCCAGCAUGAACUCUGUCAUCAUCCUAACCCAGACAAAGUUGCAUAUGUGGUCCAAGGCCUUCGCGAUGGUUUUCACCUAGGUUUCAAUUACAGUACUUCCCUGAAGUCGGCAACAGGGAAUAUGGCUUCAGCACUCCUGAACCCUCGGGUCAUUGACAAUUACUUGCAGUCGGAAGUUCAGUCAGGCAGGGUGGCGGGCCCCUUCUCCCAGCCUCCCCUCCCUGUCCUCCACGUGAGUCGUUUCGGCGUCAUCCCCAAACGCCACCAACCUGGCAAAUGGCGUCUUAUCCUGGACCUGUCUAGCCCUGCGGGCACAGUGUCAACGACGGAAUUGCGGGCGAGGAUUAUUCUCUGCAGUACAUGAAGGUAGAUGACAUUAUUGCAGGCAUAAUGCGGCUGGGGCGUGGUUCCCUCAUGGCGAAAUUUGACGUGCAAAAUGCAUACCGUAUUGUGCCAGUCCAUACAGAAGAUCGCCAGUUGCUGGGUAUGAAAUGGCGUGGUGCCUUUUAUGUUGAUAUGGUCCUGCCUUUUGGUGUCAGGUCAGCUCCAUAUAUCUUCACAUGUAUAGCAGACUUAGUGGAGUGGGUGGCCAAGCAAAACUACGAUGUCACCUUCCUGAUGCAUUACCUUGAUGACUUCCACACUCUUGGCCCUCCCGGCUCCUCUGUUUGUCAACAUAAUCUGGACAGGUCAAUUAACUGUUUUUCUAAGCUUGGCAUCCCCCUCCAUCCAGACAAACUAGAAGGGCCGUCGACGUGCCUAACCAUCCUGGGCAUUGAACUGGACUCUCUUAAUCUGCUGGCACGCCUUCCUCAGGACAAAUUUGAUAGGAUAACUGCCUUGUUGGAAGAUUGGUCACAAAAGCGUUGGUGUAAACGCAAGGAUCUGAGUCCCUAAUAGGUCACCUUCAGCAUGCCUGCAAAGUCGUACCCCAAGGUCGCUCAUUCUUGCGCCGAAUGAUUAACCUACUAUGUGCCUUUCGACGCGAUGACCACCCGAUUCGUCUCAAUCAAGAGUUCUUUCUUGACCUAGCCUGGUGGCAAGAGUUUUUCCAGUCUUGGAAUGGUUGCAGCUUUCUUCAGUACCCCCAGUGGGCUCCAAUUCCUGACUUCGAGGUUUCUUCAGAUGCCUCUGGGGCUCUUGGUUAUGGAGCAGUCUUCCAGGGUCACUGGUUUUCAGGUGCAUGGCUCCCAUCACAGGUCUCUCAGUCUAUCGAGUACAAGGAACUUUUCCCUAUCGUCGUGGCAGCUUACCUCUGGGGCCCCCAGUGGGCCUCCAAACGGGUCAACUUCCUAUCAGAUAACCGCUCAGUGGUGGACAUUUUGCGGUCUGGCACUUCAAGAGCCCCUACCAUCAUGUCCUUGGUUCGCUAUCUGUCCCUGUUGGCAGCUCGUCACUCCUUCUCCUUCACUGCCUCCCCAGUUAGAAGGAAGUCUAACCCCAUUGCUGACUCCCUGUCUCGCUUUCAGUUUCAGCGUUUUCGCCGGCUAGCUCCUCUUGCAGACUCCAUUCCAACCCAGAUUCCGCAGCAGCUCCUCUCGGACUUGGAUCUUCGCUGUCAGAUAAAUACCACUUCUAUUUGACUCAGGGUCUUGCCCCCUCCACUAGGAAAGUCUAUGCUUCUGCCCAACGCCGCUUCUUGGAUUUCUGUGCUCAGGACAAUAGCCUGUCUCCUUCGGGAUCAGCUCUUCCAGCCAGUGAAGACGUGCUCAUCCGUUUCUGCUGUCAUCUUGCUGAUACUCUUCACCAUUCAUCCAUAAAGGUUUACCUUUCAGCAAUUCGGUCCCUUCACAUUGAGGAGGGUCAUCCUUCUCCGCUGGUUGGUUGCCUUCGGUUACAGCGGGUGUUGCGGGGCAUCAAACGUCACCAAGGCUCAAAUAAGCGUCAGCGCCAACCCAUCACAAUCGAGCUGAUGCACAUUAUCUUCCAGUCCUUGAACUUCUCUGACUACAACCAUACAAUGCUUUGGGCUGCCUGCUGUCUCGGGUUUUUGGUUUCUUACGUGCGGGUGAGUUUACUGUCAACUCUCCUUCAAUCCUGACAUCCACCUUGCUGUCAGUGAUGUCCAAGCAGAUUCCCUAGUCAAUCCUAGCAGCUUCAGGAUUCAUAUUAAGUGCUCUAAGACGGACCCCUUUCGCCAAGGUUGCCAUAUUUACAUUGGUGCUGGUAAACGUGAUCUCUGCCCUGUGCGCGCCCUUACCCAGUAUCUACACGUCCGUGGCUCAACUCCUGGCCCACUCUUCCUUCUCUCUGAUGGCACCCCUCUACAUCGCCAAUGGCUGACAUCCAGUAUUCAGUCUAUCUUCUCCGCUGCUGGGGUCACUGGUUGCUACACCGGUCAUAGCUUCCGCAUUGGCGCUGCUACUUCAGCAGCCUCUCGUGGCUUACCAGAUCACCUCAUCAAGACACUUGGCAGAUGGUCCAGCGAUGCGUAUCAGAUCUAUAUUCACACUCCCGUCAGUACUAUCGUGGGGGUAGCAAGCCUUCUCACUUGACAGGUAUUUUCUUGCGUAUCUUUCUCUUUUCCUAGUUGUCCUUGUAGGGUGCCUCGGGACUUGGGUAGUUCAAAUAGGGCUUCCCCAGCCCUGAGCCCCUCUUUCCUCUCCCGAUCUGGCUGCGUCAGCUCGGAGAGUCCCUUCGGCUUGGAAUGGGGGCUCAUGGCUGGGUUGCGGGGAUUUGCCAGCCAUGGGGGCAGUUUUUCUAUCUAGGGGCUGGCUGGCCACAGUGGAAGCCCCUGGGUAUCCCAGGCACCCACCUUCCACUUAAGCGAGGCAGUUGGUUAAAUUUGGUUAAAUGUAAUUUAACUAAGUUAACCACCACGAGCUUAGCGGUCAAGCGGUUCACAAGCGUAGCGGUCAAGCAAUUCACAAGCAUAGCGGUCAAGCGGUUCACAAGCUUAGCAGUUGAGCGGUCCACAAGUUAA